AUGUUUCGAGGAAGGAUUGGAGGCCUCACCGGGGGCAUAACCGGAGAGGCCAUGCUGCGAAUGCCUGACGAGCUGGAGAUUACAAAAAAGCCCUCCAGCCUGAGAACCUUGAGAUCCGGCUCAUCUUCUAUGCUGACUGGCGUGGCAAACUCCCCCAAGUGGAUCAAAUUAGAUGGUAUUCACAAUACGUACGUGCGCCGUGUGAAGCUCGCGGGUGAUGCCUGGAUUCAGAGUGGGCAAGCAUCGCUGCUCAUUGGCAUUGCCAUCUUUGUACAAGCAAUAAUGAUGGCUGUGGACCUGGAACUGGAGUUUGCCUUCCAGAAGCAGCAGGUAGAACAAAGCCAGCUCGCCGGCGGGGCUCUUCGACAGCACGGUGGGGCUUUCUUCUACUUCGUGCUUACCAUGGACUGUCUUCUAUUCACUGUCUUCAGCAUUGAGUUUGUUCUCCGGCUCCGGGCCACGGGGCGAAAGUUGUUUCGCACACCUCUGGGAAUUCUGGACAUCUUGCUGCUCCUCAGUGCAGGGGGCUACGUUGUCCUAUUGGUCACUGAGAUCACAUUGCCUGGCGCCAUGCUUGGGCUGGUACGCGCACUGCGACUCCUACGGCUCCUACGAUUUGUUCACAUCCUGUCUAUUGUUCCAGCCUUGGCGCUCCUGGUCAAAGGCCUGGUAAGCACGAUGAUUACCAUUAUCGAUGCAAUGAUCCUGCUAGCAAUCCUGUCGUAUGUUGGAGCACUCUUAUGUUCAGAGGCUCUGGGAGACAAUGCCAACCCUGAGCUGAAGUAUUUUUUUGGAUCUGUGCCAAGCAGUUUCCUUACGCACAUCAAGCUGGUGUUGGUUGAGGGCUGGCCAGAGAUCUCAGAAGCAAUGCUGCAAGACUCCGACUUCUGGUCGGUGUACCUAAUGAUCUUCAUCUUCAUAAGCAACUUCGCUCUCUUGAAUCUUGUGACGGGCGUCGUCUGCGAGCGUGUCAUGGAACUUGCCAGGCAGCUGCCACCAGCGUCUGCAGAAGAAAAGGAUUUUGAGAUUGAAGAGCUGAGGGAAAGGAUCACAGACUUGUUCGAGACGGCGAGCAGGAGGCGGCGAAACUAUCUUGCAGAAACUGAGUAUGUCAAGCUACUACGAUCCGUUCCGGCACGGGCGGUGUUGGAUGACAUGAGGAUUGCGCUGCCUUCCGAUGCAGGGCGGCUUGCAUGCUUGAUCGAUGAUGACCAUAAUGGCAAAGUCACCCGUAUGGAAUUGCAGGAUGGCCUUUUAAGGCUGCGGGGCAGCAGACUUGAUGCUGUUUCACGUGAGAUGCAGCUGACUGUACGGAGACGUUUCUGGUCGUCCUUCACUGCAUUGGACAAGGCAGACAAGCAGCUGGAAGAGACCGUCCGCAACGGCAUGCAAUGUGCCAGUGAGAGGGCGCUGCGACAAGUGGACGGCAUCCAGGCAGGCUUUCUAGACCGCCUCCAGAUCCAGUGUGACCGGCGCAGACCGGAAGCAAAGAGGUGGGACCGGCGGCUUUCAGAUAUUUCUUCUGCAAUGCGUGCUCUGAGAUGUUCGCUAAACGCCCUUAAUGAUGACUGUCAGCAGGCAUUGCUGCUGAGUUCCAGCAAGCUGCUUGAUGACAGAAACUUAAUCCCCAAAACCAUGCAGAAGGCAGCAGCCAGUCAAACUGACUGUGCCAGUGCAGAUUCGUACCAUUAG